UUUCUCUUUUAACUGCUUCCUCCGGGGAAAUGGAUUCCUCUGGAUCUCAGAAGCUGGAAGAGAAAUUAACAUGUUGCAUUUGUCUGGAGAUGUUUACCAUCCCUGUGACUGUGCCUUGUGGACACAGUUUUUGUGAGAAGUGCAUCAACAGCCACUGGGAUAAAGAGGAACAAGGCCUCAGAUCUGGCCAGAAGAUCUGCACUUGCCCUGAAUGCCGAAAAAUCUUUCCAGAGAGACCCAAACUUAGCAAAACUGUCCAGCUUGAAAACCUGGUAGAGCUGCUGAAACUGGGAGAAUUCCCGCCAGGUGUCUCAGAAGGAGAGAUGAGGAAAGCAGCUGGUUCUCGGGCAAGGCUAUGCCCAAGUCAUGGGCGGCCCUUGGAGCUUUACUGUGUAACUGAGAAACGCUGCAUUUGCUGCGUGUGCACUGUGAGAAGCUGCCAAAAGCACCAGAGGGCUCUCUUCGAAGAGAGACGGAAAGGUCAAGAAGAGUCAAUCAAGGAAACCUUGGAAGAAAAACGAAAAGAGGCAGAAAAAAUUACGGCAGAAAUCGAGAAACUGGAGCAGCAGAUGGACCAUGUUACAGUUUUCUCAAGGAAGUUCAAAUCAGGAAUUUUGCUAAAGUUUAAUUAUCUCAUGGAAACCCUAAAAGAAUGCCAGAACGUGGUGUCGGAGAUAGUUACAAGAGAGCAUGCUGCUUUGCUGAAGCAAAUGCAGGAGAACCGGAACUGCCUACAGCAUCAUUUGGAGAAUAUCAUGCAGUACAACAGAACAGCGGAAGCACUGAUGAGCUCUGUGGAUGAUGUCUUGUUUCUUGAAGAGCAACAGUAUCUCCUUUCACCAUCUAGUAAACUGGAAGUUCCUCCAGUCAUUCAACUUGACUUGGAUAAGAAUGCAAAUACCGUUACCAAGUUCUUCACUGAAUUCUUCAAGCUUUUGGAGGCACUUCAGUCAAAUCUUUUGAAUCCACAAAUGGGUGGCAGAAAAAUCAGAUUUGAGCCAAAGGUAUUUGUGAAGAGGAUGCCUGGACCUUGUCUUUCAGAGAAUGAACUCAGGACAAAGCUUCUAAAGGAUCAGCAGAAUUUGACAUUUGAUCCAGUCACAGCCAACAAAUACCUGCAGAUAUCCAAUAACAAUCAGAAAGCAACUCAUCCCCAAGUUUUUCAAAAACCAAAGCCAAAUGACUCUCAAAGGUUUGAGCCUUGGCUAGUGAUGUGUACUCAGAACUUCAGCCAAGGCAGUCAUUACUGGGAAGUAGAGUUAUCCAACCACUCCAUCAUUGUUGGCGUAGCGUGCGAAACAUUCACCAGAUUGAAACAGGCUCAUCAGAAGUUCACCAUUGGGUUGGAUAAACUCUCCUGGGGCCUGCAUAUCCAAGAAGACAACUACGUGGCUUGGUACAAUGGCAAGUCUACAAAGAUCAAAGAACCUCUGUGCAAAUUCAUUGGCGUUCUAUUGGACUGUGAUCAAGGAACGAUAUCCUUUUACAGCAUAGACAAUAAUAUGAAAUGCCUCCAUGUUUUUCACACCAUCUUUAUGGAGUCUCUGGUCCCAAUUUUCUGGCUUUGUGAAGGUACAGCUGUGACUCUUUGCCAAAGGCCACCCAGCCAGAUUAUAACUGAUGAGAGGACACCUGAUUUACAGAUAUAGGCAAAGACUGCCCUGCCCCCAUGGAAAAACUCUGAGCAAGCAAAUAACUCUGGAACUUUGAAAAACACUUUUAGCUACUUGGCUGCACAGACAAUUCUUUUCUUUUCUGUCUUUUAUAGCUCUCUUGUGGAUUGCAAGUCCUCUUUACCCUUUCAGGUGAAGAUGCAGUUACAGUAGAUGCUUAUAUAGCACAGAAUCUGAUGCAUGUGUGUUUUGGGGCUGCCUAAAGCUUUCUGGCAAACUACAAAAAUUAAGAAAUAUCUAUAAAGAAAUAGUGUGACCAAAAAAAAUAACUUUUAAUUGGGAAAUUGUCACAGCCAAUAAGAAUCAAGUUGGGCAAUAAAGAAAUACACAAUAAUGUUUACCCUAGGCAGAUCACUAUUGACAAGCUCUCUGGAGUCACUUCAUUGUGAGAGGUAUGUUGGGAAACAGUGAAGUACAUAUAUACAUUAGUUUCUCAUAUAGAUGACUGUAUACUAACAAGUUCUUAAGAAUUCAUUUUCCGGAAAGCAAUUUUUAACAUUUAUUUUUGUACCCUUUUUCCUAUUAGAAGAGACUAUAGUAGAAUAUUUUACAAAAGAAUUAAACCCAGUCUUUAAAAAGAUCAACAUCAAUAAAUAUUUGAUAAGAACACAAUUACAAAAAAUACAAGCAUUAAUGUUUUGUUUUUUAAGGAAACAGUUUAAAAGGAAAUCUAGACCUAGGGCAGGUUUUAUUUUGUUUUCCUAAGUUUGUGAAAAUUCACAGUUGAAAGCUUAUUUUUCUAUGGAGAAAAUUAUGACAUAUCUAAAACUAGCAUUACAGAUUUUCAUCAUGUUUAUUAUCAUUUUUAUUCUGUUCAUUCAAAAGGAAAGUUGGAAUAAUAAUAUCUAAAGAUUCUCAGAACUGCCCAUUAGCACGAUACC